UGGCGACGACGAAGACCGUGAUGAUCAUGUUUUGAUCCAGCUCGCGCAGUUCCAUGGUAGAGUUCCCGACGAUAAGCCGCACGCUGUACGAUCGUUCCCAGUUUUGGUGUCGUUGCGUUUUUUUCUUAGAGUUCUAUGUUCUUGGGGUUCUGUGAGCGCAGAGGGAGAGAUUCGGUUCAAACAGUGUUGAAAGCAAGUGACAAGUGAUCAUCUCGGGUGAAGGGCGUUGAAAUUGACCUACCUGAGGAUCUGUUAGUCUGUCGCGUCGAUAAGUGUGACAAAGUUGGAAAACUCGUUUCCGAAUUGAUGGUUUUGUAUUAUUAUUGGUACUGGUUCAGCUGGUGGUUCGAAGUUGAAGGUGCUUUUCGUGAGAGAGAGGCUGGGCUGGAGGGCCUUACUGUACUCCCCAAGAGAGUGUGUCGAUCAGUGCAGAGUGCCAAAGUAGUGCGAAGAAGAAAACAAACAGGAAAAACCAGUGAUACUGAAAUCGAAAAGAUUUGUGGAACGUGUGCGAUUGGUCCCAAGUUGGCAACUUUGGGCUGAUAUUGGUUGUUGCUAUUGUUAGUGGUGGAGUCUGCGGAGAUCGCGAAGAAAGAAUAACGCAAUAACAACAGAAGAAGGAAAAGAGUUGCUGAAGUUAGCAUUGAAAUCCCCCUGUGAGCCAGAGUGCGGUGUUUUCGAUGGCAGUUUUUGCAGUUGCCUGAUGCAGUGAACUGGGUGCAGAAACUGGAGAGGAAGACUGGAGCAAUUUUCUUAUAAAAGGCAGACAUCAUCCGUGCGCGCGGUAAUUGACGACAUCCAUCGCAAUUACAACCGAUACAGUUGGACACCUGCGUGAAUUAACGCCAUUCUCCGUCAAGAGGUUGAAAUGACCCCCGAAACACUCGCCGCCUCGCCCAGGUUUCGGUUGAUUGAGUAGGACUGACUGAUUGCAGAGUUUCAGAUUUCGAAGAAGAGUGCCCCUCAACCGCCAGGAAACCCCCCUUGUAGAAAAAAGUUUGUUGUUAUUGGACAAACACCACAAUACGUCCGUUUUGCUGUUGGCGCAUAAUUACGAGCCCACGUUCAAGCUGCCUUCCCCCGGGGCCCUGUGCGUGAACUUGCCCAAAACGGAGCCAAGACAAAUUAAAAGUGCGAGGAGAGAAAAGUGAGAAAGCAAACAAAAGAGUCGUUUGAACCCUGCCCCGUUGAAAUCAACCGUGAUCGUGAACCCAAAACGGCUGGACUGCUGGAUCAACCCGGGAGAAUACGGAGUACGAAGACAGAGAGAGAGAGGAAUCGCACUUCUUUCGACUCCCUUGCUUACUGUGGGUUGGCUGACGACGGUGUGGAACGAGCAAAUCGAGAGCAUCACGAAUCCCUCGGGACCAUCAUCAGUCAUCGUCGGAACGGCCAAGGCGACGGGCACGCUUUUCCGUUUUUGCUCCGUGUCGUGGACCAUUUCUCCUCCUUUCGCUGGACGCUAGAGCUAUACGAGUUGCGCGUGCGUUUACAUACAUAGUCUAGGGCACAGAAGUCCCAGGUGCGCGCGGUUAACGCUUUCCAGAUAAUUUAAUUCACACACCCCGAAACGGUUGUUCUUGUUGUUGGUAUAUCGCGGUAGCAUCAUAUAGUGAGUGAGUGGUUAAUCAGGCCCAGCCGCGGCCAAGAAGUGAUUGUUUGGUACAGAAGACCCUUCCUCGCGGUCGAAGAAGAAACGGUGGUGAAGAAGCGGGUGGCUACCACUCCUGAAGUGGGAAGAUAAAGUGAUUUCAUGCACGAGAAACCUGUUUUGGAUCCGUGAGUGGGUUAGCUGCGCGAUUGGUUCGUAGAAAAUCGAUAAAAGUGCCGUAUCACCCCUAAAUGUAGGCUAUUCGUUCGAUUUAUGCGUCCGUAUCAGCUUAAUCGGUUGACGGUUCAAAAUACUGUAUUUUAUGACCCAUGUAGUUUUCCGUUGCGCUCCUAAAAGGAGGUUGCACCACUCUCGAAAGCGUCGCCGAGUGCUGCGGAGAGACUUGGUCAAUCCGGUGUGACCAAGAUGUUGUGAAGUAAGUGCGAGCUUGCAGCAAGAUAACGCCUUGAGAAGAAGUGAAGAACCCCUUGCCGACGAUUGGGCAGUGGCCAUCGACUAACUGCGCAAUGUCCAAUCACCCGCGGAUGGCACCGUCCUAGUGCAUUGCUGUUGAUUUGAAGAGGCCCAAUUCUGUGCGCCAAUAUCUGAACGCUUGUCCUCGCGUCCAAAUCGCGCGUUCCGUAGAAAGUGAGAAGCACUACCAAUUGUCGUUGAUUGUGCCCCUGGGUGUCCAUAAGUGAAGUGAAACUGAAAACCGAGUGCUGUUUCGCGAGAUCGUUUGCUAAAAAUACAGGUUUUUCCACGGAGGAAACCCGGCCGGGAAGGUGAGCCGGUUUUCAGGAAGUCCGAUACAAGGCCUCCUAAAUGAUUCCGUGCGUGAGCUUGACCGAAACCAGUGUCCUUGGGAAUAUGAAAGAGCGCGUUAAAGAGAUGCGCGUCUUCGGUUGUCGACUCAACUUCUGGAACAAUGUUACCGCUAAUUUUAGCAACAAAGGUAACGGAAGUUCACCCGCCCAAAACUCGUCUCGAAGCAUCAGCCCCAAUACGCAGACCCACUUCCCCAACGGUCACCUGCAGCAGGGGUCUCAGCAUCUCAUCUCGGGCUCCGGACUGGAUCGAACAUUACAGCAGCAGCAGCAACAGCAAACACCGAACCAGCCCGGCAAUCAGUCACCGCAAUUGCUAUCCCAGCAGCAGCAGCCGAAUCAACAGCAGCAGCUACAGCCCCAAGGGCCAAAUUCCCAGCAGUCUUCCCAUUCGCCCUCGCUGCAGCAUCAACAGCUGCAGCAUCAGCAGUCUUCCCAGUCACAUCACCUCAACAGCAGUUCGAGCAGUUUAGGCAACAUCACGCCCACCUUCGCUCAGCCUCAGUCACCCACCCACUCAUUCAAAACGGCGUCCAUCAACGGUGCAGGUCAUCAUACGAACGGAGGCGAGCUAAAUAUGCCUGGUGGUCCGACUGCAGCGCCCGGAACACCAAACUCAAAGGCUAAGGAUGUCUCGCCCCGGGUCAAGAUUGUGGUAGCCCUGUACCCCUUUAAGGCGAUCGAGAGUGGCGAUUUAUCGCUGGAAAAGAACGCCGAAUACGAAGUGAUCGAUGACUCGCAGGAGCACUGGUGGAAGGUCAAAGACCAGCACGGUACCAUUGGAUACAUACCGAGCAACUACGUCAAGGAAAAGGAACUGCUGGGGCUGCAAAAGUAUGACUGGUACGUGGGGGACAUGUCCCGCCAGAGGGCCGAAUCGCUGCUCAAACAAAACGACAAAGAAGGUUGCUUCGUGGUGAGAAAGUCUUCCACCAAGGGCCUCUACACUCUAUCGCUACAUACCAAAGUACCCCAAUCCCAUGUAAAGCACUACCACAUCAAACAGAAUGCUCGCAGCGAGUUUUACCUCUCGGAGAAGCACUGCUGUGAGUCGAUCCCAGACUUGAUCAACUACCACCGGCACAAUUCCGGUGGGCUAGCGUGCAGACUGAAGACUUCCCCCUGCGAUCGGCCAGUGCCACCGACGGCCGGUUUAUCUCAUGACAAAUGGGAAAUCCAUCCCUCGGAACUGAUGAUCCUUGAGGAGCUGGGUUCCGGCCAGUUUGGUGUAGUGCGACGAGCCAAAUGGCGCGGAUCGAUCGACACGGCCGUCAAAAUGAUGAAGGUCGGCACCAUGUCCGAGGACGAUUUCAUCGAAGAAGCAAAAGUUAUGACAAAACUCCAACAUCCAAAUCUGGUGCAACUGUACGGCGUAUGCUCCAAGCAUCGACCCAUAUAUAUCAUCACCGAGUACAUGAAGCAUGGUUCCCUGCUCAACUAUCUGCGAAGGCACGAACAGUCGUUGAUCGGAAAUAUGGGACUCCUGCUCGAUAUGUGCAUACAGGUUUGCAAAGGAAUGUCCUAUCUCGAACGACACAACUACAUCCACCGGGAUCUGGCCGCCCGUAACUGUCUGGUCGGAUCGGAGAACACCGUCAAAGUGGCCGAUUUCGGGCUGGCACGAUACGUACUGGACGACCAGUACACCAGUUCUGGCGGUACCAAGUUCCCGAUCAAGUGGGCCCCGCCCGAGGUGCUGAACUACACCCGGUUCUCGUCCAAGAGCGACGUUUGGGCUUACGGUGUCCUCAUGUGGGAGGUGUUCACGUGCGGCAAGAUGCCCUACGGUCGCCUAAAGAACACCGAAGUUGUGGAACGCGUCCAGAGAGGAAUCAUUCUAGAGAAACCCAAAACAUGUGCGAAGGAAAUUUACGACGUGAUGAAAAAAUGUUGGUCGCACAGCCCCGAGGACAGGCCUGGCUUCCGGAUACUCAAAGACCAGCUGGCAGCGGUAGCUCAAGGUCUCACCGACUAAACCUUUCCCCAUGCGCAAUCUCGAUUUACAGUCUUCAACCACAGAUACAGAUUAUACACAGACACCUAUACAACACCUACAAGAAAACGAAUACUUCGUAUAUUAUAUACAUAUACCUAUGGAGAAAGAAAAAUACCAAUUUUAUCCUAGAACAAGUAGGGAAUUCUGUUUUGUCUUUUGGAAGCAUCUCUAUAUCUAACGUCGUAUAUCCCCUAUUAAACGGACUCUCCUGGCAUCCGGUCCCAGAACUGCCCGGACAGAGAGCCGGUGGAAAGCGCCAUCCACAGUGUUAGCUCAUUUUGUUUGCGUAUUAGGAAGGAUAUUGAGCUCACUAAGAACAUACAGAACAAAACCGUAAACUUGACCAUAUCUCUGGGACAGCGACGAGGAGAGAUAUUUAUCUGCCACCAACCACUCAGUAAACCGAUAGCCAAAACCGAAUGCAGUUCCCAACUUACGAACAGGAGAAACAGAUGUGAGCAAAAAUGUAAACACUCCAGUUAAUAGACUACUAGUAGAUAUUACAUAACUUCCAGGAUAGUGUUAGACAAACCAUUUAAUAGUAGCGCAAAACAGUAAUUUUGAUUUUGUAUGCGGUCCUUGUUCGGUGCUGAAUAUCGUUUAAAAUGAAAAGGGACUGGUCCAUUCCUAAGAAACGCUAACUUCUCAUUCUUUUUCAACGUUCAAACAAUCGAAAUUCCUAGAUUUUUUUACUUUCACAAUGAUACUGACUGACUGAUGCACACAAACUCACAUCCAUACUUACUGAAAUAGUUACAGAUACUAUAGCGUAAAUGUUAAUCAAAAUCAGACGUUAUUCGGUGCCAGUCGAAUGCGGCGAUGCAAGGUAUUAGGUGAACGGAAAUUAGCAAAAGACGAUACAAUAAUUUUUGCGACUGAGACUUAUUACAGGAGAAGAAUUUUGGAGUCUGGAUCGGAGUGAGUUUAGGACACAAGCGUGAUUUGAUUUUUGGACUUUCCCAGUUCCAGUGACUGGAAUGUUUCUGAACUUUACAUUAAAUAGGGUUCUCUCAUUAUUUUUUUCGAGCGGCAUAGUGUUGAUAACAAAACGAAACAAUAGUAGAAAAAACCAUAGCUUAUAAGGGGACGUGACGAGCAGUGGAAGCAAGAAAGCAUAAGUGAUAUUUAAUAUCUUUAGUUUACGUUUAAGAGAUGUUUAUUUAACUCUAACUUGUCUGUGUCAACUCGGAUUCAAACGCAUUAUUUUAGACGAUCGUAGUUUUCUUUUAACUUUAUCAGGUUUUCCCUCUUUUUCUGUUUCUCAACACUGAAGUCAUUUAUUUCGAUUAAAUAGAGUGAGCUUUUCAUGUUUUGUGUAUAUUUCAUGAUAGUUUCUUUACGUAGGACCUUGUUUGAUCAUUUUUUUUCUUCCAGUAAGCAACAAACAAAACAAUAACUAGACCACGGGACACAUGCAAGCAAACGUAAACAGAAAGGAAAUUUACGUGUUUGAUGUGUACACGAUAGUUAGCAUUAUUUAACGAAUUUCAACAAUUGCUUGUAUUCGAAAGAAAAGACACACACAAUAUCCAAGAGAAAUCAAGAAAUGCCAUUUUUACUAUACUUGAGUAUAGGACUUUAAUGUUUAAAACUAAACAAAGCGAACUAUAGCAGCAAGAGUAAAUCACACAAACAAACAAGCAUAUAUACCUAAAACAAAUGAGCGAAGAUUUGUACGGAUUCAAUAUCAAUCCAAGAUUCGUAGGAUUUGAAGCAACCGAUAGUUCCAGAAGGAGACUAUCCAACAAAAAACAGAAAAAAUGCGAUUGAAUCAAAAACAAGGUAAUAACCAAUAAACCUAAUUGUACUCAUGAUGAAUUGUCGAAUACCACAUUUUUCGAAUCAUAUUAUACAUCGUUUUUACGUAAAAAGGCAACGUCCUGUACGAGAGGAUGCCGUUCAAGAGGAAUCAAAUUAAAAGAACUAGUGUAAUAUUGCACUACCCCAUUGUGGUAGUGCCAUGUUUUGUGUGCGCUGGACGUCAUUCGCAGUGUCCAGCGAACGCGUUGAACAGGAUUAGAUCAACCACAAACCAGUAACAUGGAUGGAUGUCUUUUAUUCGAAAUUACAACUAAACAACCAACAAUACGAAUAAAACAAAAAUCGAAUGCAGAUUAUGUCUUGUAUGAAAAAUA